AUGGACCCACAGUGGCUGACGCGGCUGGCUGUCGGCGCAGCUGUCGCCGGGCUCAUGGCUCUGCGCGGCCUUCGCAAGCGGUCUCUCUCGCCCUCAGGAGCAGCCGCGGCUUUUUUGGUCGGACUAGUGACCAUGCAGGCGUCAUAUACCAGCGGGCUGCUGCUGAUCCUGUUCUACCUGACAUCAUCCAAGCUGACCAAGCUGCAGCAGGACCGCAAGCAGCAGCUUGAGGAGUCCUUCAAGGUGGACGGCCAGCGCUCCGCGACACAGGUGCUCUCCAACAGCCUCGGCGGCGUCGUCGCGGCUGUGACCACCCAGUGCGCGCCGCUGGUGGUCGCUGACCCGCAGCAGGCGGCAGCAGUGCAGUGGGCGGCCACUGCGGCCUUUCUGGGCCACUACGCCGCUGUCUGCGCCGACACCUGGGCAUCAGAGGUCGGAAUCCUCUCCACCCGCCCGCCGCGCCUCGUCACCACCUGGCGCGUCGUGCCGCCGGGCACCAACGGCGCGGUCUCCGCGCUCGGCUGCGCGUGCAGCGCUGCCGCAGGGGUGUUCAUGGGGGCGGCGUACUGGGCGCUGGGCACGGCCCUUGGGGACACUGUGCUGGCGCCACCCCAAGGGCUCGGCGAGCUGAGAGCCUCGCUGCUGGCCGCCGCGGCGAGCGCUGCGCCCCGCGAAUGGGGCGCGCUGACAGAGCGGCUGGUCGCCGCCUCGAGCCUGCCGUUCACGGUGCUGGUGCUGCCCCAAGUCAUCCAGAACCAAGCCAACAUCGCUGGUGGCGCGCUCGGCGCACUGGCCGCCAUCUCCUGGCUCGGCUAUGCGGCCGGCCUGGCCGGGAACGCCCUCAUGUGCACGCACCUGGCCGCGCGCGGCGAGGCGACCGCGGUCAACGUCCAGCUGAUAGGCAUCGCGUCGACGCUGCUGAUCCUGGGGCAGCUGUGGUGGGCGCGCGUCAUGCCGACGCGCGCGUUCGGGGGCGCCCUCGUGAUGGCAGCGGCCGUCGCGGCGGCCGGGUCGCUCAAGGCGCGCGGGAGGCUGGGGCGGAGGGAGUGGCUGGCGUUUGAGGCGGUGGUGUCGGUGUUUGGCGUGCUGGCAGUGCCGCAGGUGGUGGCGGGAGCCUUCUGGCCCUCCACCCCCACCCUGGCGCCCUCUCUGGCCGCGGCCGCUGCAGUGGCGUUUUGGCUGUCGGGCCACGCCAAGCGCUCCGCCCAGGACGCCCAGAAGGCGGUCGCGCUGCUGCCAGGGUGGUGCGCCACCUGCAUGUUUGCGCUCAUGCCGCUGCCGCAGCUGGCCCGCAACUUCUCUGACCUGUCUGGUCUCGGCGGCCUCUCCCUGGGCACCAUCCUGCUGGCCACCCUGGGGAACGCGCUGUGCAUCCCGCGGGCGCUCUUCACGCGGGACCCCUCCUGGAGCUUCGGGUCGACCUGGGGCUGCCUCAUGAUGGGGUGGGCGCAGCUGCUCAGCCUCUUCCUCGGGCGCAGCCCGGAGACAGGGGCCCGCUUCCUCCCGGCGCCCGCGUUUGCUGCGGCCACUGCUGCCCUUGGCGCCUACCUGCUGUGGGCGCUGACCUCUGACGCGCGCUCCAAGGGGCUGACCAACCCCUUCGGCUCCUACGGAGACGUGUUCUUUGGGCAGCGCGUGCCGCAGCCGCCGCAGCGAGAGCGUGACUACUGA